AUGACGUCGGUGAUUAUUCCUGGAUCCGGGUGGUCGGCGCCGCGGCGCAAUGAGCGCCGGCAGAUGAUCAGCGCCUACGCCGCGUUGGGCAUCAGCGAGCGCCAACUCUUUGGCAUCCAAUCGACUCGUCUCUUCGACCAACACUUCGACCUUCCCCCACACACCAGCCAUGUCCAAGCAUCACCCAGAUCUUAUUAUGUGUCGGCGCCAGCCAGGCAUCGCCCGGUUUGUGAUUCCUAUGUCCGACCAGAAACACUCGUUCGAAUCUGUGAUGAAUGUAACUUUGGUACAUAUGGAGGGAGGUGUAUUAUUUGCGGUUCUCCAGGUAUCUCGGAUGCAUACUACUGCGCUGAAUGUACACGUCUAGAGAAAGACAGAGAUGGGUGUCCGAAGAUUGUGAACCUGGGAGCGAGUAGGACAGAUUUGUUCUAUGAACGUCGUAGACUUGGGUUCAAGAAAGGCUAG